AUGGGGGAGGCAUCCGACCAGAAGGAGACAUCAGUUGGGGACUUACCUGUGAAUGUUUCAUCUGGAAGUUCUACUCCAUUGCUUUUGGACACAUCACAAUCAACAAUUGUUCCAGACUCAACAACUGAUGUGUCAAUCGAAAAACCUGUGGUUAUUGACAUGCCAUCUGACAAUAUUAACUCUGUCGAGGAGAAAGUUGACAAUAUUCCCGACUCACCAGAGCCAGCAGAGGAGGAUGUUAUCAGCAUUCCCGACUCACCAGAGAGCCCCGAGCCAGCAGAGAAGUGUAUUUUGAAUAUUCUCGAUUCACCAGAGAGCCCCGCACCAGCAGAGAAAAGUAUUUUGAAUAUUCCCGACUCAUUGGAGAGUUCCGAACCAGCAGAAAAGGGGAUUUUGAAUAUUCCCGACUCACCGGAGAGUCCCGAACCAGCAGAGAAGGGUAUUUUAAAUAUUCCCGACUCACCGAAGAGUCCGGAGGAGGAUAUUCUGAUCAUUGAUGAGUCAUCAGAGAGUCCAAAGCCAGCUGAAGACAAUUUUACGGUGCCCGAGACAUCGGUGAUCAUCUCGGAAAAACAUCAACCUAUGGACGUAGAUUCAUCGGAGGUGUUGGUAUCAGAUACCAGAAGUGAUGAGUCAACAUCAUACAGUCCAGCACGAUCAUCAGAUGACUCGAACGAUGAUGAUGAUGAUGAUGAGCAACUACGUGUUUUCGUGCCAGAGGAAUGGAGGAGUCAAUUGUCUGAGAGAGUCAUGAAGAAAAAACUGAGAGCUGUUGUCAACAAACACUUCAAAAUUGGUGGUACUUUCCUCACGCUUGGAGGUGUACGAGCUAAAUUGAUCUUCUGUCCUCACGGCAAUGUAUUUUUCAAGCCAAUGAGAGCCCACAAACGACCUGAACGAUUGCCCACAAACUUCGAAAUUCAUCCAAUUUUGUAA